AUGCUCGCGCCCUGCUCUCCCCCGGUGUGUGUGUGUGUGGUGACGGACUGCGCGCUCUCGGCGGGGCUGCGCUUCGGCCCCUUCCCGGGAAUCUUCAGACUGGGCCGCUUCGCCUCGGACAGGCGCGAGGAGGGCGCUAAAAAGAAGGUGCGUCUUGUCCGCGGGGAGCUCGUGGAUGAAAGCGGCCGGUCAGUCUCAGAGUGGAUCGGACUGAUUAGAGCGGCCAGAAACAGUCACGAGCAGAACCUGGAGGCAGUGUCCGACUUACCUGGCGGACAGAUAUUUUACCGCGUGCUGAGGGAGGUCCAGGCUGGAGAGGAGCUGAGCGUGUGGUACUCCAGCAGUCUGGCACAGUGGUACCACAUACCCACCACUGCCACCCCCACACACGACGAGAAAGGUGAAGAGCGCUACAUCUGCUGGUACUGCUGGAGGAUGUUCCGCUACCCAAACACUCUGAAGGCGCACGUGCACUUCCACUGCGCACAGGCACGCGGCCCAGAGACCCUCAACCGCUCCCCCAAGUCCGGGGACACCCCAGGAGGACCUGAGCCAGGCGCGCGCCCUUCGGCCUCCCCAGCCUUCCCCACCAAGGACGGCGCGCUGGACAUGAGCGUGACCUCCAGCAGGCAGCACGGGACUUCCUCCUCAUCAUCGUCAUCCUCCUCCUCUUCCUCCUCAUCCUCGUUGCUGCUCCUGCACCAUGUGGGCUUCCAGCCUGGCGCGCGCUCGGCCUUCAGACCCGCAGGACUCUCCAAGCUCGCGCUCUCUGCGCGAGACGACGACGACGACCGAAUUGGAGAUCGAGAACGAGACCGGGACCGCGACGCGAGGGCUGAUGGGAAACCGAGGCCCGGGCGCACCUUGCUGGAGCCCUCGCUCAAGGGCGGGCACCACGAGCCUGGCAAUGCAGUGGCACGUGCUUUUCCCUUUCUGCCUCACUUCAACCACGACGACUCCACGACCACUUCCACGACGAUGAUGACUUCAUCGCCGUCGUCCGCUUUCAAGCACGUGGAGAGCCGCGUGCACCAUGCUCCUCACCAUCCUCAUCCUCCGCAUCCGCCAGUCUCGCGAUAUCCGCCUCCAGCGCCUUUUGAGCGGUUUUCCUCGCCUCUGGAUGGCGGGAAGCCGUACGCUGGGGGCAGCGGGGUCGGGGUGGGUGGGCUCGCGGGCGGCGACUGCGGCAUGCCGCUGGUGCCGUUUACGGUCUACGGAGGCGAGCUGCUGUACGGAUCGCCCUGCUACCCGCUCCGCCUGCACCUGGGCGGACUGCUUCGUUACCCGGAUGCUGUUCCGUACCUGGCCAGCGCGCCCUCGCUGGCGCCCGACCUCGGCCAAUUAGCGGCAGCCGCAGCGGCUGGAGGGGGACUUGAUCGCGAUCUCGUAGCGGCGCAUGCGCAACGGCGCCUAUCGGAGAUGAUGAUGACGACAGCGACCGCUGAUGAAGAGGUGAUGAAGGGUCGGGGAGGGCUCGAGACGUCCGUGCGCGCCUCCACGUGCGCCCCAGGCAAGCCCAAGAAGGGCCACCUGUGCCUCUACUGCGGCAAGCUGUACUCGCGCAAGUACGGGCUGAAGAUCCACAUGCGCACGCACACCGGAUACAAGCCGCUGAAGUGUCGCGUGUGCUUUCGGCCCUUCGGCGACCCCAGCAACCUCAACAAGCAUAUCCGGCUGCACGCGGAGGGAAACACGCCCUACAGGUGCGACCACUGCGGAAAGGUGCUGGUGCGCAGGAGAGACCUGGAGAGGCACGUGAAGUCCAGGCAUCCGGGUCAGCGCACGAGCACCACGACACCCGGCGCAAGCAUGAAGAAGGGCGAGGAAGAGGAGGAGGAGGAGGUCGGGAGGAAGAGCGAGGAGGAGGAGGAGAGUGACGUGGACGUGUGUUUCACUGAUGAACAGAGCGAUCACGAACACCUGCCACUUUCUUCACAUGAGAAAUAUCUCCAGAAAUGGGUUGAUAUGACAGUGACUGUUUCUCUCUGUGUGACUGCAGUUGACGGGGAUGAAGCACAGAGAUGCCAGAACCUGCUCUUGUUUGGCAUCAGAUAG